AUGUCUGACUUUGAGGAUUUCAGCAAGCCAGGAGGGCAGACGAAUGUGUCUGAAAGCUACCAGCUGAACCCCACCAGCGUGAUCGUGUCGGUGGUCUUCUCCCUCAUCUUCCUGCUGGGCACCAUCGGCAACAGCCUGGUGCUCGCUGUGCUUCUGCGGAGCGGGCAGGUGGGAUACAACACCACCAAUCUGUUCAUACUCAACCUGAGCGUGGCCGACUUCUUCUUCAUCAUCUUCUGCGUCCCGUUCCAAGCCACCAUCUACUCUCUGGAGGGCUGGGUGUUCGGCUCCUUCAUGUGCAAAGUGGUCCACUUCUUCAUCAACCUCACCAUGUACGCCAGCAGCUUCACGCUCGCUGCCGUCUCUGUUGACAGGUAUCUGGCUAUUCGUUACCCGCUGCGCUCCAGAGAGCUACGGACCCCGUGUAACGCGGUGGUCGCCAUGGUGAUCAUCUGGGGUCUUUCUCUGGUCUUUGCGGGUCCUUAUCUCAGCUACUAUGACCUGAUCGAGUACGCCAACAGCACUGUGUGUAUCCCCGGCUGGGAGGAGCAGAACCGGAAGGUGCUGGACACGUGCACCUUCCUGGUCGGCUACGUCAUCCCCGUGCUGAUCGUGAGCCUCUCGUACACUCGGACCAUCAAGUAUCUGUGGACGGCCGUCGACCCUCUGGACGGCAUGUCAGAAUCCAAGCGGGCCAAGCGCAAAGUCACCAAAAUGAUCAUCAUUGUCACCGUCCUUUUCUGCAUAUGCUGGCUGCCGUACCACGUGGUGAUCUUGUGCUACCUGUAUGGAGACUUCCCCUUCAAUCAGACCACGUACGCCUUCAGGCUUCUCUCUCACUGCAUGGCCUACGCCAACUCCUGUGUCAACCCCAUCGUGUAUGCUCUGGUGUCCAAGCACUUUCGCAAAGGCUUCAAGAAAGUCUUCAGCUGCAUCCUCAGCAAAAAUGGGAGAAAUAAGGUCCACGUGGUCCACGUGGCCAACACUGUGCCCGGGUUUGAGGCAGGCUCCACGGAGGUGUCACAGAUGAACGAGGAGAACAUACGACAGAACGAAUGUGAAAUGAUUAACAGGCCGAUCGCAGAGCCAAGAGAAGCAACGGUGACACUGAAUUUGCCCUUUCAGCGGCAGACUUGA